AUAUUACAUUUAACACAAAUCAUUCUAAACAUAAACUUCAGCAGAAAUAUGAGAACAAACACCAGUUCAAUGUGAUCAUAGCUCUCAAGUCUAUUUUGAUGUUCUGUUGGUUGCACAGGAACAGAUGUGCAACAAGGUAUAAUAAGUUACUAUUAGCUGGUUAAUUUAAUCGCCGGUUAGAGAAAUCAGGUUAGGUAGCCAUGCCAUGAUACCAUCAUGGUGCACCUUUUAGUUUCUGGACCAUGACUGACUCGAGGCGUUUUCAGACCUGGAAACAUGUCUAAACAGUCAAACAUGUCAUUCUUGUAAGCACAGCCUACUGUACUUACCUUAUUCCACCUAGUUAAUUAUCGAUGCACAGCUACACAUGGGGGAGCGGGCAGUGCAGCUUUGUUCUACGCUCCGUACAGCCUAUGAUGGCUUCAUUGUUGUCUCUGGCUUUGAUUAAAAGCCACGCUCGCGCAAAAAUCAAUUAAAUGUCUCAGGCGCACGCCACAGAGUGGAAACAACAAAAACGUGUAUAAGUAGAUAUUAAUAUAAUAAUUACUUUUACAGGGUUCGACAUCCGAGGACGAAUAACAGAAAAUAACAACUGCUAUCGACUGACUCUUGGACAAUUUGUCUUUUAGCUCAGAUGUUUUGCAUGUAGCAUUAACAUGUUUACGGACAAUGCUAAUAUCCAAACAGAGUUGUUAUAGCAGGUAAGACAGUGUCGUUUUGAGUAAAUUAAGUUUUCCGUCGUCUGCUUACUGGUCUUUCAGUCAGAUGUGUUUGAUUCGAGGUCGAAUGUGUAAAACUUUGGGUAGAAAUCUUUGUGACUUAAUCCGCACACACUCGUCUGUCCAGAUGUUUACCCAUUAAUGCUGAACUGUUCGUUCAGAGGUGUCUUAGGGUGGGUUGGCCCUGUGCAUUUUCACAGAGCGCACACUGUCCGGACGCUCCUGCACACACCUAAUCCCACCUCUUCUCUCACCGCCUCAGCUCAGGACCUCUCUCCCUUUCCGGCCCUCCUGUAUUCCUCUUUUUCUCCCCUCCUGGGUCAGCUACUUGCUGGAAGCUCCGGCCCGAGGUGUUUUUAAAGACGCUCGACUGUCGCAGUUGCCAUGAUUCACAGCAGCGUCUGCAGGGUUGUCCUGGUCCUCUUCAGCCUCCUGUCGGUCCUUGCACACACAGAGACGGUGUUGGAUCCUGCCUUAUCCAGCAGGGACCACCAGGAUGCCAUGUCUGGAGAUCCACCGGUGUGGAUGACUGAAGUUACAACCAAGAGCCAUUUCCUGGACAACCCAGGACAGACCUACACCUUUGAUUUUGAAGACUCCACGCAGCCUCCGAUCCUGGACGAAGGCGAAGGAGUUCUGGGACCGGGGGCCAUCACUGCCAUAGUUGUUGCAGUCUUCCUGGGAGCAUCAGUCCUCCUCGCACUCAUCGUCAUCACAAUCAGGAAAUUCACAGCCUCCUAGAGGGAGAGAGAGCGUCUCCCUUUUUGUAUGCGUGUGUGUGUGUACGUGUGUUUGUAUUGCAUGAGUGUUUGUGUCUCUGUCUUUUGUCUUUCUCAUCAAACGCCGAGCUCGCCCCCUCGUAUUUCGUUUUGAGAUGAGAUGCUUUGUGCCCUGAGAGCUAGAAAUUGUGGCAGGUCCGUCAACUAAAAAUAAAACACUCCAGUUGCUUCUCGGUGUGGAUGAAUCAUAAAUACUGGCUGGCUCUACCAGUGCUUAUCGUGAGAUGGUGUGUUUGUCGGUUGUGCUCUCUUUUUUUGUUUUUCUAGUAAUUAUACUCAUAAAAGUAUCUUCAUUGUUUUCCAUAACUUCUUACAUCUUUUUCCACUUACAGUCUCUUGAAAUUCUAAACUUGUUCAAGAAAAUUCAGGACAAGAAAACUCAGAACAAGUUUAGACAUUUC